AUGGAUCUUCAACCUGUAUCCGAUCUGCAAUCAAGGAAUCCUUAUGCCUACAAUCUUUUCGAGAUCAAACCUGAAGCACCCUUUUUUGCCAUUCAAGGUGACAUGAGCCUUGUCCGGGAUGAUGGCUUUUUCACGUUCUCGGAGGCUCAGCUGGCAAAGUUCCAGAUCGUGUCCCUAUCACUUAGCAAUCUCGAGCCAUGGCACUCGACAGGAGGAAAGACGAAGGAGAGCAUGCGGCAGCCCUCCGACUCUGUAGAGCAACGGUUCUCCACGGGAGACUUGGUCACCCUCGUCUUUUUGAACUAG